CUUGCGCGCUUCCGGCUUCAGGCGGUGGACCUUCUUUUUGUCACCAAAAAGGGUUUAGGGUGUAGUCGCUCUUUGUCGUCAACGAGACGCGCGAACUCCUCUCCCCUGACGUGUGUAGUGUGUGUCUCUUGAAUCAUGGAAGGUCGGUACUAAGCGACUUUCGACGCGUUUGUUUCCAGCUUCCCAUAUCUACACACGCUGCGUCCGGGCAAAAGUCAGAGCGCUUGUUGCGGACCUGGGAGAGUCACCCUUUCCCCAAGCUGUCGCGAUGCUUCCGACGCGGUGUUUGAAGUUUGUAACUCUCUCUACUGCCAUGUUGUCCCUCCAAACUCCAAGACUUUCUGCAUUUUUCAGCUGCCCACUUCCUUUUCGCCGUUUCAAUUUACCCUUUUCCGGUCCGGCGGCCUCUGACCGUCUCUCGGGUGUCUCGUCUCUGCGGACGCAGGAACACGCACGUCGACGCGAACGCGCGCUCUGCGCUUUUCCUUGCUCGCACUCAAAACCGCAAGCUUCGGUCAACCGGGGUUUUUCAGCGCUGAAUUUCGAUAUUCCUACUUCUUUCCUGCUCACUCACGGCGCGUGCGGCUCUAGACAGAGUACAAGAAACGUUCCUCAGCGGCGCUACCAGACCAAGAGAAACAUGGCGACCAAGGCGCAGGAUGGCCAUAAGAUCGUGGCCUACGAUCCAGAAAAUGUGUUCAAAAAGAUUCUUGACGGCAAAAUCCCCUGCCAUAAGAUUUUCGAGACGGAACAUGUCAUCGCCAUCUUGGACGCCUUUCCUGCAGUCGAGGGUCACUCCCUUCUCAUUCCAAAGGCAGAUGUUGCUUCGGUCUUUGACCUCGAUCCGGAGACCGCGGCGAAUCUGUACAAGGAGCUUCCGCGGCUCUGCAGAGCUGUUCAGCAGGCGACAGGAUGCGAAGGAGUGAACGUGCUGCAGAACAACGGAAAAGCGGCCGGUCAGGUCGUUUUCCACGCACACGUCCACGUCGUUCCGCGAUACAGCGGGGAUCAUCUGUUCAAGCAGUUUGCGAGUGCGAAGGAUAUGAUUCAGCCUGCUCAGGCGGAGAUGGUUCUCGCGAAAAUCAAGGCGCACCUCUAGAGUCGCUUUCUGUGAAAAUAGAGCAUAUGCCCGACGAGCUCUUUGCGGUGUCCGUUUCAGAACCGUUCCGCUUAGCGGUGGAAAUGCGAAUGAGAAUCCGGACAGGCACAAGAUGUCGCGAUUCCUCAAGGGUUUGUUGAGCGUUUUUAUUCAAGUGCGAAAGUCGAGACAACGGAGCUGGGGGUUGCAGGGACAUGCACACGAGGCAGCGGAUGUGAAGACUUCCCCUUCCCCCAGAUUUUCCACUGCACACCGCAGCCGCGGCGACCGUUGCUUCAAACAGAAAGUUCGAUUUGCGCUAACCGGAAAGCCACUGCCGUAUGGCACGCGUUCCUGGGUGCGAAAUCUGAUGUAAAUCUGAGUUUCGUGGCAGCCCCAGUUUUCGCUGGGAAUCCAAAUGAUUUGGAAAGAGGUGUACCUCUUGUAUUUUAUUAUUUGUGUCAUAAAACUUGAACGAAUUCAGAGCCAUUUGGUUUCCUCGCGCUGCUGCUUCCAGAGGCACAGCUCUGCUGGCAAUUUAGAGUCACAGUACUGGCGUGGAAGGCACUGUCCAACCGAUCACA